GUACCAAGCAGAUAUUAAAAGCCUCAAGUACAGCAUGAACAAAUAUCUGCAAUAUUUAUUAACCACGGGGAGCUCAGAACGUGGCUAUGAUCCCUAUAAUCCAGAGCUUCCGAGGCCCUCGCUGCAAGUGGAGAACGGUGGCUUGGCUGACGUUACAGACAUGACGCCCGGCAUUCUGGAGCUGGAGUUGGUCAACAAAGCCAUUGAGGCAGUCAAAAAUGAAGUUGAGAGAGAACAGAAAAAGUAUGAGGAGCUGUUAGAAACAACAAAGGAAUUUGGCACUUCGGAAGCCUCUUCGCUUAUUUCCCAAACACCCAUGUCAGCUGCUGUGACAGAAACUGAUGCUUUCAUUUCCUUAGAGUAUAAUCCAGGUAGCUACAAUUUAAAUAAUAGCCCAGACUACAACCCUACUCCUCUAGCUGCUGCUAGCCAAUCAAGUAAAUACACUUUGGAUACUUCCCGAUCUAAAGGUAGCUCAUUGGAAUACGUUCCCAAGGCUGUAGCACAGACUAAAAAAUACAGUUGCACUGUCACUAACAAUAAAUAUGUGAUCGAUGACUCCAAGCCUUCUACAGACCUGGAAUAUGACCCGCUUUCAAAUUACUCAGCCAGACUCUUGAGCAAAGCCACAACAAAGGAGCCAAAGGGGUCUAAAAGGAGUAGGGUGCCUAGUUAUGAAGAAUGUUACUCUCCUUCACCAAAGAAGCUCUGUGAAGAACCCGAUGACUAUGAAGUGUAUGCCAGGUUCUCUUCCUCUGAAGAUGAGGCCGACGCGGAAUAUAAGCCGACUUCUGUUAGUUCACAAUCAAAAGUUGAUUCUGAAAGUGAAUCAAAUGAUGGGUUAUCCAACAAAGAGCAGAGCACCAAACUGGAUGACUUAGCUUCCCAGGCUAUCAAAGAAAUGACAGUGCAAUAUGACAUGGAAGACCGUCCAAGUUCACAGAAAAAUCUUGCUAAAAACGUAUCAGAAAAGAAUGCAAAAGCAGCAAAAAUAUGUUCUGGCAAGAAUGACCAGGAUUUUGAAGAUAAAAACAAAGACUCGAAAGACAAAACAAAAAAGAAGAAAUCAGAUCUUAGUAAAACGCCUAGCCUCUAUGAGGUUGGUAAGAAAGAGAAAAGUAAAAAUACAGAAAAAGAUAAAAUGCUCAAGAAAGAAGAAAAGGUAAAAAAAAACGAGGAGAAAAACUGUAAAGAGAAAAGUAGCAAAGUCAAAACUGAUGGGAAUGUAAAAAAACCUGAAAAGCCAAAGUCGGAAAAAGUGGAUGGGCUUAAGAAAGAAAGAUCCAAGUCCCCUGGCAGCAGUUCAGGGAAAAAUAAGAAUGAGGGUAUCAUCAAAAGCUCUAGCACAGAGAAGCUGGGGAGCAGCAAGAAAGACUCCAAAGUAAAAACAGCUGACUUGAAAAAUGGCAAGGAAACCUCUGGUCGUAAAAACAAAGACAAAGGGACCAAGGCUCCAGCACUGGAACGAAAGAAAGAAAAGAUCAGUUCUAAAGAAAAAGGGGAUCCAAAGAAGGGUCGGAAGCAACGGAGCUUGAGUCAUGUUGACCUGUUUGGAGAUGAGAGCGGGGAUGAUGAUGACAAAGGCCAACCUUUGCCGUCUGCGUUGCUUGAUGUGAGCUCGGACUCAGAUGGUGGUGACUGUUGUUCGGACUCUCAGAGUGAAAAUGAAGAGACAAAGAGUGUGAAGCGCUCUAAAUUGUCAAAGUCAUCUUCCUCUUCUUCAACGUCUGAUGACAUUGAUUAUUCCAUACUUGAGAAAGACUUGGACUUUGAGUCAGAUCCAAUGGAAGAGUGCCUCAGGAUUUUUAAUGAAUCUACAGAUGUGAAAACUGAAGACAAGGGAAGGCUGAGGAAACAGCUGUCCAAAGAGGAAGGAAGUGAAGAAAAGACAGAAGAUACUUUAACUACUCUAUUUCCUGGCCAAAAAAGAAGGAUCUCUCAUCUUGUCAAACAAGGAAAUGCAGAGGUCCCGAGCAAGCCCGUAGUCCGGCCGUACCGUCCCCCCACUGCUCAGGAGGUGUGUUACCAGAGGAUCCAGCUGGCUCAGCAGCAGGCGGCACAGCUGGCUGUGGCCGUUCAAAAGGCCUCUCUUUCUUUGCCAGGAGAAAAGAAGAGGAUUGCUCAUGUGCCAAAUGUAGCCCUUGCCGCAGCAGCCAAACAAAGCCCUGUGGGUGGUAAGAAGAUCGUUCCUGGCAGGAAUGUCGCACCUUCCAAUGACUCUGAAGCACCCGCCCUUUCUCUGAAGGCUUGCACCUUAGCUGGGAUGGCUUCAAAGACCACCAGCACCACCAUGCCGAAGAGGGUAGCACAUGUUCCCUCCUUACAGAGCGCCAGUUUACAGAGGCCGGUUAUUCCCACAGAAUUUGGUGCCAAAGUCCCAACAAACAUCCGUCAAAGGUAUCUCAAUCUCUUCAUUGAUGAGUGCCUGAAAUUCUGCUCCUCCUCCCAGGAAGCAUUUGACAAGGCUCUGUCAGAAGAGAAGGUGGCUUACGAACGUAGCACCAGUCGGAAUAUCUACCUGAAUGUGGCGGUGAACACCUUAAAGAAGCUCAGAAGCUUAGUGCCCAAUUCCCCGUCCAGUACAAACAAGACAAGUAACAAGAAAGUGGUGUCCCAUGAAGCUGUGCUAGGAGGGAAGCUUGCCGCGAAGACAAGCUUUACUCUAAACCGAUCGGGGAGCUUGAGAGCAGAGGACUUAACAGGAGCUGCCUUGUACCGGCGACUGAAGGAAUAUCUCAUGACCGAGGAGCAGCUAAAGGAAAAUGGUUACCCAAUGCCUCACCCAGAGAAGCCAGGCCGCGCUGUCCUCUUCACUGCGGAGGAGAAGAAAACUAUUGACUCCUCCUGCAGGAUUUGUUGUCGCUGUGGCACGGAGUACAUGGUGUCAGCCUCUGGAAACUGCAUUCGUAAAGAGGAGUGUGUCCAUCACUGGGGAAGGCUACGCAAGCAAAGAGUGCCAGGUGGAUGGGAAACUCAUUACAGCUGCUGCUCAGGAGCAGUGGGUUCACCAGGCUGCCAGGUUGCUAAACAACAUGUUCACGAUGGGCGGAAGGAGAGCCUUGAUGGCUUUGUGAAGACUUUUGAGAAGUUGCCUACAACUGAUGGUUAUCCUGGAAUCUACGCAUUAGACUGUGAAAUGUGUUACACUAAGCAAGGACUGGAGCUGACAAGAGUAACUGUGAUCAACUCUGACCUGAAAGUGGUAUAUGACACUUUCGUCAAACCGGACACCAAGGUGGUGGACUAUAACACCAGAUUCUCAGGGGUGACAGAGGAGGACCUGGAGAAUACUAGCAUCACCCUGCGGGAUGUCCAAGCCGUCCUAUUGAACAUGUUCAGCGCAGAUACCAUAUUGAUAGGGCACAGCUUGGAAAGCGACUUAUUUGCACUAAAGCUUAUCCAUGGCACAGUGGUGGAUACUGCGAUCGUCUUUCCUCACCGGCUGGGUUUGCCUUACAAACGGGCUCUCCGGACGCUGAUGGCAGACUACCUCAAGCGCAUCAUCCAGGACAACGUGGAAGGGCACGACUCUAGUGAGGAUGCCAGAGCUUGCAUGGAGCUGAUGGUCUGGAAGAUCAAAGAAGAUGCUAAAGUGAAACGAUGACUUGCGCUUCCUUCUCUCCUGUUCCUCCUCCACCUCUUUGAAGCAGUGCAAUAAAUGCUCAGAGUAACACUGUCCACCUGUACGCGGCAGCAUGCUACCCCAGACUCCCCAUGCACUCACAGGUAUCUAUGGGACUUAAGGACUGCUGCUGGCGCAGCUGAAUGGCACCAGCUCACUGCUUGCAGGUCCCUGUGUCCAGGUAGUGGCUCUCAGCUCCUUUUGACUGCAUCCGAGGGAUACUCUGUGGUACAGCAGUUGCCUUGUAGGCAUGGCAAGGCAGUUUUGAAUAGUGCAACCGGAGAGAAACUUCUUGGUUCCUAGGAGGAGCUUUUAGAGGUAGGUUGGAUACAUACGGAAGGAUCUUUCUGGUUCAGUUAAAGGCAGAACUCUUCCCCCCCCCCAAAUGUAACUUAAACUGCCUUUGUACUCCAAAGCAGGUAGCUUCCCAUAGUGUUUGAAGAAGGGGGGAAACAAGAAAGCAGGGCGAGCAGGAAGCUGUGAAGUGAAUGGGUUACAUAGCUGGUGUAUGAACGGCAAGCAAGGGGUGGUGAGAGUCAAGGAUCAAGCCAUCUGGAAAGAGGUCCUAGUAUGGACCCAUUGCGGAGGAAAAGGCAGUGCUGGGAGAGAGAGGCUGUCUUGAGAGGGUGUGGAGGGAGCAGCAGGCCUAAGAAUGAGCUGGGCUCAGGAGAGAUACCAGUUGCUAUGACCCAGAUGAUCUCUCUGGCGAGUGCUGGCAUCCCAGUUCUGCAGUAGCUGGAAAAGGGAGAAGCCACAAGUGUCAGACCAUACCCAGACCUCAGGGAGCUCCUGGCCAGUGCAUGUAGGUAGUGACGCAGGGAGCAGCGGGGCUGUGACAAAUCAAGCUCCCAGAGCCAAGAGAAGAUUUGCAGCCUUCCAUGGCAGGAGCCGUGUUGGGGUGGAGAGUGGUAAAACCAGACAUCGUAAGCGCUGAGGAAGGCAAUUCCUCUUUGCAGGUUAGGACAAGCUGUCCCUCCCCUUCCUGCCAAGCUUCUGAUGUGUCUCCAGCAAGCUCAUAUGUAGGGAUCAAGGAUUGGGAGUGACCUGGGUGCUGCUAAGGUGGCACCGAAGGGUGCCCCAACAGUACUUGCAAGCAUGCAGGUCUCCCCACCAGUUCAUCCCUGAUAGCAGGGACUUGAUGCAGAGAAGAUCAAAAGCAAUAGGUGGAAAUGUUCCUUUAAACUAGUUUACAUGUUGGUUGUUUAAAGAAGAAAAGCAGAAGAGCCAGUUGUUGUCUCUGUCUGGCCUCCUGGACAAAAGCAACUGUUGAUGGUUUGUCUCUGUCUCACUUGCAGCGACUCAGGCAGUGACACAGGUAGACUGCAAAGGCAGUCUACUGCCUGAGAGACUGAUGGUCCCUCUCUGCCUGCAGGGUCUCUGGCAAGGCCCCAUUGCUUUGGGGAGAACAAGAGAGCUGAGAGAAGUGGUCCCUAAUUUAGACAUUCUCUUUUAGCUGAGGUCCAGGUAGCAUCUCAGCACAGUUCAGUUACAGCUGGUUGUUAGAGCAGAAAUUGCCUCACCCCCUUACCCUUCCAGGCAUGGACUGGAAUUGCUUCCCUAGCAGGAAGCAGUAGCAGGCGUGUAGCAGGCCCCACAUCCCUAGCAUGGACAGCCUGAGUUGCUCUCAUGGGAGUGGAGCCUGGGGAACUGCUGGGUUUUGUUUCCUAUCAGAACCAGGCCAGGCUCUCAACGGGGCCUUCAUACCCCUGUGGCCGCUGGCGGCAGUGGUGAGUUCGGCUGCGGGACAUGCUGCGUGACCCCCAGCACGUCUCUUGGAGCUGUCCCUCCUCUGUGCCCCUGCUGGUGGGGAGGAGUGCUGACGUGCGUGCUAUGUGUAAUGGGCUGGGCAUCUUUCUCCAGCCAGUUGGCCUGGGCAUCUCAGUGCCUGGCCCCAGGUCUGCUAUGCUGGCAGGUCUGUGCUCACGCAGCCUCAGGUGGCUCUGCCAGGCUCCCUCCUCAAGGCACCAGGAAGGGUGGGGGGGGCGGUCUGCAAAAGCUCUUGUUCCUGCAGAGCCUUCUGUGCUUUCUCUGGUGGGCAAUGACUGGGUGCCAGCCUGUUCUUUUUCCCAAAGUUAGGGCCAUGCUGUUUCCCCAGCGGUCUGUAGGCCAUGUUGCAUCAAGCUCUCCCUGCAGCCUGCCUUUGCCAAGCAUUGCAACCUCCUCCUUCCCUGCUUUGGGGCUUCCACGUGAAGGAGCGCUGGACACCUUGUCUUGUCCCUCUCUCCCAUCACCUGCUGUUGCAGGGAGUCAUGCUGUUCUCAUGCUUCUGCUCAGGCCAUGGGGGAGAGGUGGAAAGUGCUUCUUAACCAGGAAGGUUUGUUCCUGCUUCUGCCUCUUCCCCUCAGCAGCCCCCAUUUAUCUUCUCCCCUGGGUGCAGCAAUGGAGUGUAGCAGCCCACCACGCGCUGGGUCCCCAUCCCCUCUGCAGGUAGUGAUGCUGCUAGAGACAGCAGCCCUAGGAAGGAGACUCGAGUGUAUGGCUCUCCUGUCUCUGCAGUGAAAUGUAGCUGUAGCUGUGUUAGAUUUUGAAGCCAGCUCUUGCCUCAAGGAUCCCCGAUGUUUGUUGCAAAGUCCCAGCUCCCCCAAAAACCAGCACCUGUGUUUCUAUGCAGAUGCAGCCCAUGUCCAUCUGGUGUGUUGGCAUCCUGCUGGGGAGGUGGUUUCCUGGCUUUCCCCCACUGGCUGGGCUGAGGGGGCUGGGCUCGGGGAAAGGUAGAGCAUGGGCACAGGGCACUUUCCUCUGGAUUUAAAGCCUGAGGUUGGCUAGGCAAGAGGGGAUCUUGGUCAUUUCCCCUUCCUUUCUCUGCUGCUCCCACGCAGUUCAGCUCUAAAACGAGGCUGCAGCGGGGUGUGAGGGCAGCAGGAUUGCCUCUUUCUUUCAUGGGACGUUAGUGGGAAAGGAGACUGCUUGCUCCCCGCUCGGUGCGUCUGAGGUACCGUUUCCUUGCUGGUCUGAUCCCACGGCACGUCAUCGGGUAUGUGGCAGAGGUGCACGACCCGCAUGCUGCUGUUGGCCUCCCCCGUAGUGUGACAGGUGUAGGCGCUGCUCCCAUGUAACUGGGGCUGGGGCAUCCUCGGCAACGUGGUCCCUGAUCCCUGUCCCGGGCGCCGGAACACUGUAAAAACAGAGGUUUCAGGUCGGCAAGAGGUUUUUUGGGUUGUGUAUAAAUAUUGUAACCUGUAACUUUUUGUAAUUGUUUUUAAUAAAAGGGU